UCUUCGUCAAUAACUAAAAUAUAUUUUGCGUCAUAAACACCCCUGUAAACAACAUGCACCAUUCCAGAUCACCAGAGGAAGGAGAGGGAGACGAGUUGGCGGAACAAAGCUGUAAACCUUCAAACCAUGGCUACGUUUGAGCUGGAUCCGGUGUUUGUAAAGGCUCUGGGUUACCUUCGCUCCAAGAGUAAGGAUUCUACAGAAAAACUGAAGGCUCUGGUCGAUGCUGCGCUCAACAAAUCGUCCCCUUCCCUUGCCACAUCUUCAGUGAUAACAGGAAAGCUUGACAAGGUGGAGGAUUCUCCAUCAGCAGACACUGUGGGUCAGGGGAAAACACAAGUUGAGGAGAAGGCACAGGAUGUGGAGGGUAGGAAAGGGUCGCCCCACGGCCAGAUGAACCGCCUGAUGGUCCCGGGACAGAAGGAGCGCCGGUCCCCCUCCCUGAGCGGCAGCGGUGCGGGACGAUCCACACCUGAUCCGCCGAAAAAACAGCCGGACAAACGCAGCCUGGAGAAGCUGAAACAGGACCUGACUGACCUGAACAAAGAGCAUAAGAAGCCUAAGCUGGAGAAGCCAGACCCCCCCACGGUGCGUGAGGGCUCCCCGCCGGUCCUGAAGAAAGAGCAGUCGUCAGAUGAGGAGGAGGGAGAGGAGGGGAUGGAGACCAGCGCUGAUGAGUUUGCUGAGGAGAUGGGGCUGGUGUGUGUCAUCUGCAGACAGAUGAACGUGACUCCAGGUAACCAGCUGGUGGAGUGUGCGGAGUGCCACAACCUGUACCAUCAGGACUGUCACCGUCCGCCCGUGACAGACAGUGAUGUGAACGACCCUCGGAAGGUUUGGUACUGUCAGCGCUGUACCCGCACCAUCAGGAAAAUGAACAAGAUCCAGGCCCUACCACCGCUCAAGGCAUCCAAGGCCCAGAAGUCCAAGCCCACCUCCACCAUAUCCAGUAGCAGAGAGAAGGACCAGGCUUCUGUCAAACCCAAGACUCCAGACCUCUCCACCAUGCAGCUGUUUAAGAGAUCGGAAACAUCGUCCAUGACGUCCUCCUCGACCCUGUCCAGUGCGGGGUCAGGCUCACAGCUCACCGGACUGGCCAGCUGGGCGGCUAACAUCAGCGGGAAGUCCUCCCUCCCCAAAACCCCCACCACCACCAAGGCACCGGCCGGUCCCUUCAGCAGUGCCAAACCUGCAGCUGCCGCCGCCGGGAAACAGGGCCUGGCUGCCAUGAAGGCUGCCGUCACAUCAAAAUCUUCCUCAUCAGGGAGUUCCAGUAAAUUCCUGUCUAGCGGCAGUAGUGGUAGCACAGGGAGCGGCAUGGCUAAGCUAGGAGGAGGCUCGGGGAAGCCGCCGUCGGUGUCAAGUUCGAGCGUGAAACCGUCAGGAAGCGGCGCUGCGAAGCCGGGAGGGAAUGGAGGCAGAAUGCUGCAGCUACCAACAUCGCAGUCGCAAGACGCUAACAAGAGACUGCAGAUGAUGAAGAAAAAAGCCGCAGCCAAAAUGCAGCAAAAGAAGCAGAGUAGAUUUUAGGACAACCUAAAAUGUUUUAACACUUGGGCAAGAUGGAUUGAAGUUAAAGGAUGCAUUUUGAAGAAAUAAAUAGCGUCUCACUUGCUAAACAUCAUUUAAUGUAAUUAUCAUGUUGUACCUGCCAGUACUAGUGUGGUUGAACAGGACGAUAACAAGAAAUUCUACAGUCAUGUUGAAAAAAUUGUAUGGUCGAACAUUGUCAUCAUUGGAAAAUAAAAAUCUAUAGAAGUC